AUGGUUCGCGCGUCUGUGCAGUUCGCCAACAGUCAGGGAGUCUACUAUCCAGGCCAGGCGAUGGUUGGAAAUGUUAUUCUGCAACUGGAUAAAUCAAUUCGGUCGAGGAAGGUUUCCUUGACAUUCGUGGGAGUUGCCUGUGCAGCGGUAGCAGAAGCAAGCGUUACGAGGCGGGGAGAAGAAUACUAUUUCAACCACAAUAUGACAUUGUGGAGUGCUCCACCAGGUCAGGACACUCUACCAUCCGGUACCCAUCAGUAUCCUUUCUCGGUCCAGUUGCCCAAACGUCUGCCAGCAUCGUUCGAGUUUGGCAGACGGACAGGUUGUUUCAUUCGCUAUUGGUUAGCUGUGAGAGUGGAUCGGCCGAUGCGUUUCGAUUUCAAGUACAAAGCUCCUUUCACUAUCGUGGAAUACAUUGACAUUAACCAUCCCUCUCUCCUCCGCUCGAUGAGAAGCGAGAAUGACAAGGAGUUGUGCUGCUGUUGCUGCGCGUCUGACCCCAUAACUCUAGCGGGUAGUGUUGAUCGGAUGGGUUACUGCUCUGGUGAGACGAUCAAGAUAUCAGCAGUAGUGGACAAUCACAGUGAUUCACAGCUAAAUGGCCUGAGAGUCCGGCUCAUGUGCGUUAUUUCUCUUUUUCCAAACACCAGAAACGUUAUGCGCAAACUAUUCAUAUCCGGAGAGACAAAAGCAGAGAGAGUUAUUCCACCAGGAAAUCGCGAGGAGUGGUGCAAUACAACGAUUAAGAUUCCUGAUCUGCCUGCUACUAUAAACACUUGCAGAGCAUUGGCUCGUGAUUACUAUGUGGAAGUAGCAGUCAUCAUUCCUGGAAGAAGAAACCUGCGUACAUAUUUUCCAAUAAUUAUUGGUUCUGUUCCGAUGCUCCCAUCAUCCCAAAUCAGCGGUUAUCUUGCCAUCGAUAGCCAUGGCAGCAACCCACCUCUACUGGCUGUUCCUCGAUCUGCGUAUGUCACUCCAGUCACGUCACCACCACAGUCUACUACCGCUUCUGAUCAAGGCACAAAUUAUGGUUCCAUCACAUCGGAUGCUCCUCCUGCUGAUCAAGUCACAACUCCUGCUGAUCAAGUCACAAAUGAUGAUCUCAUCACGUCAAGUUGUCCUGCUAUCAACUCGAACGAAGGUCAAGAAAGAGUCGUUUCUGAUUUUUCAGAUCGGCCACCCUAUGAUGACGUAAGAGAAGACCAACCUCUACUGACGUAGAGAAGACCAACCUCUACUGACUACAAGAGUGUGACUCACUAUUAUGUAGACUGCAUUAUAGUUGACUUAGCUUUUUUGACGCUGUUAUUGUGAGAGCGGGUUUGCAAUAUCUGCUGUAGUUUCUAUGCUGCUGAUGUGUUUGUUUCUCGACAAUGUCAGCUUGACUAGCGUUAUGCAUGCUGACUAGACGGGUAUACCAUGUGAGCAUGUGCGCGAGCACGUGUGCAUGAUGUUAUUACGUCCAAUAACGGCUUGAUAAUUAAGCAGACAGUGGGGCAAGAAAGAUAUCUAGUGAG